UGAAUAGUUGAUUAUCAUCCACCAGUUGCAACAGUUGAGCAUCAUAUCAAACUCGCACCUUGAAAAGGCAUCUUAUAAACAUCAUUGAUUUAAAGAAAAUGAAAGGUUUUACAAUUCUAUAUUUGACAAUUGUUGUCUUAGAAGUUGUCUAUGCCAUAAAUGACGAUGUUAAACCCAUCAACAUGUUUUUAAGACCGGAACCUGUGCUUAAACCUCGUUGGCGAAGAUCGCUGCUAGGCCCUAUGCCUUAUGGAUAUUUUCAUAGUCCCAUUGAGCCUUGGGCUGAAGAAAUGAAUCAUGUUCCUGAUUCAAAUGUAGACUCAUACCGUCAUCCUGUUUGGGCAUUUAGACAACCCCUUCCAGCAAUACAAAAGCCUUAUCAAAAUAAUUUUAAGAGUUUAUUUGAACAUGCUGGACCAUUCGAAAAAGAAAUGGCUACUCCAGACGUCUCCAGUGACUUAACUCCUGAAAAUGAUAUCAAUAAAUUAUUAGCUUUGCACAUGGCCAACAUUCAUGGAAGCGAAUAUAAACAACAGCAAAAAGUAUUACCCGAUGACAAUAUUUCUGUACAACUUUUAGCCAAUGUAUACCAUCACUAUCCUGCUUUGCCCACUGUAGAACCGACAGUUGUUUACGAAUUAAAUAUGCCUAUCGUUGUCGUCCAUGAAUCUAAAAAAAACGAAGAAGCACCCUUUAAACCAUCAAUUGCAUGGUUUUAUACAACGCCAAGGCAAGAUAUUAAAGAUGUUGAAACAAUAGUCCCAGUCACUGAGUCAAUUACUACCACUAAGGCUACGAUUUCACCCGAAUUCAGUGAUAUCAUUACUACUAAACAAACUCAAGAAAUAACAACUGAAUCUUACUCGGUAUUCGUCGAUGAACUAGAAAAAUCUUCACCAACCGAGUCUUCAUGGAUUUCCAGUAAUGAAGAAAAAACUUCCUCUUAUAAUUCUAAUACUAAAUUUGAUGCAAAAGUUUUUCAUUCCGAAGAAGAAAAAAUAGAAAAUUACACUCCACCGACCAAUGAAGUAGUAGAAAUAGAAGGAACUACGGAAUCUUUAAUUGGGGAAAUCGUUGACAAUAUUUCUCAAGAAUUUCCAAGUGAUGCGCAUAAUGUAAUAACUAACGUAUGGGAUGUUGAUUAUGUUUAAAUAAAAAUUAUUUCCAAAUGAUUGUAUACAAUUGAGUUACUCUAAGUUGUGUAUUUUAAAUAUUUUAUAUUAUUUUAAUAUCUAAAUUUGUUAAUAUUUGACUUUGUAAAGUAUGAUGUAAAAGUGAAA